AUGGCUGAGGACUAUGUGCGUGUUCAUGGAAAUUCUUCAAGUGUUGAACAAUUUGUCCUUAGGGACAUCGCGGAUAUUCUCUCCUCGAUGGGUGAGACAAAUAGAGAUUAUUAUAGGGAACUAAUUGAGAGGAAAAUUGUUGUAUUUGAUGAAGAUAUUAAAUUAGCCGAGUCUCUCAAUAUUGAGCAAAUGGAAGGGUGUGAUUUACCAUUUGGUGGUAAAAUAAUGGUAUUUGGAGGGGAUUUCAGACAAAUUCUACCUGUUGUUGCUAGAGGUACUAUAGCACAAAUUUGUGAUGCUACCUUGCUUCAAUCCUAUAUAUGGGAUGAUAUCAAGAUAAUACGGUUGAAGCAGAAUAUGAGAGCCCAGAAUGAUGUAUGGUUCUCGCAGUUUCUAUUAAGAAUUGAUGAUGGAACAGAAAAGACCUUCCCAAAUGAUUAUGUGGAUCUGCCAGAUGACAUUAUGCUUGAGUAUAAUAAUGAUCAGUCUAUUGAUAUUCUCAUCGAUCAUGUGUUUCCUGAUCUAGCUAACAACUGCACCUCCGCCAGUUACAUGCGCGAGCGUGCUAUCUUGUCAACAAGAAAUGAGUAUGUUGAUAGCCUCAACGCGAUGAUGAUUGCAAAGUUUUCUGGAGAAGAAAAGGUUUACUACAGUCAUGAUUCUGUAGAUGAUGACUCAACUAAUAACUAUCCUCUUGAUUUUCUGAACUCAAUUACUCCAAAUGGUCUUCCUCCGCAUGAGCUUAAAAUUAAGAAGAACUGUCCUGUCAUACUUAUUCGAAAUCUGGAUCCUCCUCAUGGACUGUGCAAUGGAACUCGACUUAUAGUGAAGGCUUUCGAAGACAAUGCAAUUGAUUGUGAAAUUAUAAAUGGACAGCAUGCUGGAAAUCGAGUUUUUAUACCAAGGAUUCCAUUGUCUCCAUCAGAAGAUAUUUCACUACCUUUCAAGUUCAAAAGGAAACAAUUUCCAAUAAGACUCAGUUUUGGAAUGACUAUAAAUAAAGCUCAGGGUCAAACUAUACCAAAUGUUGGGAUCUAUCUUCCAGAGCCUGUUUUCUCUUAUCGACAGCUAUAUGUUGCCUUAUCAAGAGGUGUUUCACGUUCAACUACAUGGAUGCUAGCUAAACCUAACAAAGAUCUUGAUUCCACCGGCAGAAGAACCAAAAAUAUUGUUUUCAGAGAUAUUCUACGAUCUUCAAAAUGA